AUGGGAAAUCGACCAGGAAGUUCGCGUCCCACAAAACGCGAGAAUAAAUAUAAACAUUCAGAAAAUGGUCAUAAUAAUACAGGAAAAAAUGAUCGUAAUGUUGCACCUGCUAACCAAUUACUAUAUGCUUCACAAACAAAUGGUUAUCCUCAACAUCCUAGUCAUUUAUAUCCGAAUGGUUAUGGAGGACAUUCCAUGAAUAAUCCACAAGCUCAAUAUCUAACAACUCAAGCACAUCCACAUCAUCAUCCUACACCUAAUAUGAAUACUAAUCCAAAAAUAACUUCAAAUAAACUUAUUUAUGUGGCGAAUUAUGAUUUUAAUGGAACAUUAACAACUGGAGAAUUAAGUUUUGUUAAAGGAGAUAUAUUAGAAGUUAUUGAUAAAUAUACUUAUAAUGAUUGGUGGCAAGCUAGAAAUUUACGAACAAAACAAAGUGGCUAUGUUCCAUCUAAUUAUAUAUCAGCAUUGAAUGAUUUAACAGCAUGCGAAUGGUAUUUUACAGAAACAAAUCGUCGUGAUGCUGAACGAUUUCUUGAACAACCUCAUAAUGGCAAAGGAACAUUUUUAAUACGACCUUCAGAUACAAAUCAAGGACAAGAAUCAUUAUCUGUACUUGAUUUAAAUAAAGAUAAACAUUUUCAUGUUAAACAUUAUCGUAUACGUCGAACAAAUCAAGGCAUGUACUAUAUUAGUAGUAAAACAUUAUUUUCAAGUUUACAAGAUCUUGUUAAUCAUUAUCAAAAAAAUAUUGAUGGUCUUUGUUGUUUAUUAACUCGUCCGUGUCGAAAAAUAGAACCAACUGUACCAGCUGAUCGUCAUGGUUUAUUAGAAUUAGAUCGUUCGCAACUUACACGAACAGAAUUACUUGGAAGAGGAAACUAUGGCGAAGUUUAUAAAGGCAAAUAUGGUCAACGUGAAGUGGCUAUUAAAUAUAUGAAAACUGAUAAUAAAACUCGCGUUUAUAAUGUUGAUAAAUUUCUUGAUGAAGCGAAAAUAAUGAAAGAUCUUUUACAUAAAAAUAUUGUUCGAUUAUAUGGUGUUUGUACACAAGAAGAACCAAUAUUUAUUGUGACAGAAUUUAUGCCUACUGGUUGUUUACUUAAUUAUUUACGUGAUGGACAAGGAAAAAAUUUAAAAUUUAAAACAAUCUUAGAUUUUGCUGCUCAAAUUGCGAAUGGUAUGGCGUAUUUGGAACAAAAACGUUAUGUUCAUUGUGAUCUUGCUGCUCGAAAUAUUCUGGUUGGUGAAUUAGAUGUAGUUAAAAUUGCUGAUUUUGGUUUAGCAAAAAUUUUACAAGGUGGUCGUUUAUUAGUCGAUCGUGAAUCUCAAUUUCCAAUAAAAUGGACAGCACCUGAAGCUGCAACAAAAAAAGAAUAUACAACUAAGUCUGAUGUAUGGAGUUUUGGUAUUCUUCUUUAUGAAUUAAUUACACAUGGUUCAAAUCCAUAUCCUGGUAUGUCAAAUAAUGAAGCAUUACAAGCAGUACUUAGUGGUUAUAGAAUGUUAAAACCAAAUGAUUGUCAUGAGCUUUAUUAUCAAAUAAUGUGUUCUUGUUGGCAAGAAAAUCCAGAUAAUCGACCCACAUUUGAAACACUUUAUAUGCGUUUUGAUGAAUUUAUGAUUCAAGCUGAGCCAAGCUAUCGAGAGACAUAA